CUGCAAAAUGCGAAGCAUAUCACAUGACUCAGUGACUCACUAACAGGCCAGGCUGCCCCUCUAUUUCUCACCAUCCGCGCAGUCUUAUCCGCUUGAUGAACUGUACAAUAAUAUCUUGCUUUAAGUCUCAGCGAUACGGUCACCAAAGAUGUCGGAGACAACAACUUUCACCGGAGAGCCGUUCGAUCGUGGGAGCUUUGAGUCUCUUUUGAAACGUCGCUUAUUCUUUACUGAGGCGUUUGAGAUCUACCGAACCUCUGGCAAUCUGCAUGGUGAUAGCAGAGGUUUAUUUGACUAUGGACCACCAGGAUCUGCGUUACAAAACAACAUUGUUGACGCUUGGAGGCGGCAUUUCGUUCUGGAGGAAGACAUGCUCGAAGUCGACUGCACCAUUUUGACACCUGAAGAAGUCUUUAAGACAAGUGGACAUGUUGAUAAAUUCGAAGACUGGAUGUGUAAAGACUCGAAAACUGGUGAUUUUCUUCGAGCUGAUCACCUGAUUGAAAAUGUUCUUGAGGCCAGGCUGAAAGGUGACAAAGCUGCCAGGGGCGUUACUAAUAACGCUGAAGAAGAGGACGCCAAAGUGGACGCCAAAAAGCAAAAGACAAAGGUUAAAGACAUCAAAGCAGUUCGGCUUUCUGACGGAGAAGUACAAGAGUACGAAGAAAUAUUGGCCAAAAUAGACAAUUACGAUGGUGCUGAACUAGGUGAAUUGGUCGAGAGAUUGGAGAUUCGUAAUCCCGAUGGAGACAACAAAGUCCUUCCUCCUACGCCAUUCAACCUCAUGUUCAAGACUACGUUGGGUCCAAACAGUGCCUCUCCCGGUUAUUUGAGACCCGAAACAGCCCAAGGCCAGUUUUUAAACUUUAAAAAGCUCCUCGAAUACAACCAAAAUGCGAUGCCUUUUGCGUCUGCCUCCGUUGGUAAAUCGUUCAGGAAUGAAAUAUCCCCACGGUCAGGUCUUCUCCGUGUGCGGGAGUUUCUUAUGGCCGAAAUUGAACAUUUCGUGGAUCCCGAAGGUGGCAAAAAGCACCACGGAUUCAAUGAAAUUAAAGACCUUCGGUUGAACUUUCUUGACCGAGAUACACAGCUAUCAGGGAAAACGAGUGUUCAGAACAUAUCAAUCGAGGAGGCGGUGAGAAAGAAGCUGGUGGAUAACGAGACCUUGGGAUAUUUCCUCGGAAGAAUCUAUCUUUUUCUGCUUCGCAUCGGGGUUGAUAAUAGUAAGCUUCGAUUUCGACAACACAUGGCGAAUGAAAUGGCACAUUAUGCCGCGGAUUGCUGGGAUGCUGAACUCCUGACUUCAUACGGAUGGAUUGAGUGCGUUGGAUGUGCAGAUCGUAGUGCUUACGAUCUCACAGUACAUUCAAAGAAGACCGGGGAGCCAUUAAUUGUUCGCGAGCCGAGACCAGAGCCAUUGAGGAUAGAAGAAUGGCAAAUUGAUAUCAAUAAGGCGAAGUUUGGACCAACUUUCCGUAAAGACGCGAAAGCUGUGGAAUCAGCCUUGCUUGCACUGGGACAAGCAGAGCGUGAAGAACUUUUGACAGUCCUACAACAAAACUCUCAUAUCACCAUUGACGUUCCCGGGGUACCUGAUGGUAAAGUAGAUGUUUCUCGGGAGCUCGUCAAGUUUGAAAAGCGGACUGUCUUGCAAAAUGUCCGUGAAUACACUCCUAAUGUCAUCGAACCAUCUUUUGGUAUUGGGCGGAUUUUUUAUAGUCUUUUGGAGCACGUUUAUUGGCAUCGCCCAGGUGAUGUCGCUCGUGGAGUUCUAUCGUUGCCUCUAUUAGUCGCACCUAGCAAAGUCUUGAUUGUACCUUUAUCGAGCCUGCCUGCCUUUGUCCCUAUCAUUCGGAAAAUAUCACAGAACCUGCGACGGUUAGGAAUCUCAUGCCGUGUUGAUGAUUCUGGUGCCAGUAUCGGCAAACGUUAUGCUCGCAAUGAUGAGCUUGGAAUUCCACUCGGAAUAACAAUUGAUUUCGACACAGUCAAGGAUGAUUCGAUUACACUGCGGGAGAGAGACAGCACCAAGCAAGUCCGUGCUUCAAUAGAUGAAAUCAUCGCGUCUAUCAAAAGCCUAGUUGAUAAUGCGGAAACUUGGGACGAUGUCUUCGAAAGACUUCCAGAGUUUAUUAGCCAAGGAGGAGAAGAUGAAUAGAAAGGUCACUGGCCCCAGUUGCUACUACGAUGGUAGAAGACUCGUGGCCAAGUAUGAGAGGCGUAGCAGCUUC